AUAUAUUGAUGGUGGGUUGCUUCAUGAUGACCCCUGCCUGGAAGUCGUAGCUGACCCCUUCUCAUUUACUCACCACAUCACUGCACAUCUCCCCAAUGAUGACUAUGAGCUCUAUAUCGGACACUUUGGUCCCGCCUGAUCCGUCCAAAUCGGCGUUUUUGGAGUUCGGCGGCCACGGCUACCCGGGACACCAGCCCCUCCCCGGCCUGUCUCACAACCAUUACCCGGUGCACGGUCUGCAGCACGACGGGCCCUUCUCCGCCGGCGCGUCAUCGUACGGUCGCCCGCUUGGGUACCCGGCCUAUCACAGCUCCGUGACCGCGCACCACCCCGGGGCCUACCUGCCCUACCAGCACGGGGGUCACGGCGGCGCGCUUGGACACAGCAGACUGGAAGAUGCGGACCACGAGAAGCCCACGACGGUGAUAGAGAACGGGGAGGUGCGGCUGAAUGGGAAGGGGAAGAAGAUCAGGAAGCCCCGGACCAUUUACUCCAGUCUGCAGCUCCAGGCCCUCAACCAGCGCUUCCAGCAGACCCAGUACCUCGCCCUGCCCGAGAGGGCCGACCUGGCGGCCAAACUGGGCCUGACGCAGACCCAGGUGAAAAUAUGGUUCCAAAACAAACGGUCCAAAUACAAGAAGAUUAUGAAGAAUGGCCCCUGUGGACCUGAGGGAGACCACCUCUCCGCCCCACCUGCAUCCUCCUCUUCUCCAUGCUCGCUGUGGGACAUCAGCAUGGCCGCCAAAGGCGCGCCAGUGCACUCUGGAGGAUACAUGAACAAUUUUGCCCACUGGUACCCGGGACACCAGCAGGACUCCAUGCCGAGGACUCAGAUGAUGUGACAGUCUGGAGGAUGCAACACUUCAGGACAAAUUAUGGAUUUAUGGCAGCAAGCUGACUGGAGCUGUUAGGGACACGGACAUUGUCAUGGAUCUGAGCUACUCUGGAGGCAAAAAUAACAUAACUGGCAGAGAUCAAUGGAAGUGAACAAAUACUGUGGCUUUCCCUAAAGCUGGAACGGCAUAAGAUAAUAACCACGACUAUUUCAGGCUGUAGCCAGAGCCUUCUCAAUCCCAACACGUCAAAUAAGGCAGCUUGGACAGUGGCCCUAUGCGUCUAACUAUUAAGCUCCAGGUACCCCCCAGCAUCAGUUUUGGAUGUGCAGGGCGACCUUUAGUGGCUGUAGUAAUUGUGAUUAGAGUAAAAGAGGAAGUCAGCUGACUUAAAAGUGAAAGAGUCUGGGUAGGGAGGCGGUUGGGGUAGAAGUGAAAGGACAGUUUGUAGGUACCUCAAGUACCUUACUAACUUUACUUACGUCACAUUGCAUACCUAACACGUAUUUUAACCCCCUCAAAAACAACAGACAAAGGACUUUCACCCAGGAAACCACUCUUCCUGUCCUGUGUUAAAAUGAAUAUUAUGCGUGAAACUGACUUAUUUUAACUGACAAAAUGUACUUAUCUAUGUCACGCAUAAAAUGUACUUAACUUAUGACAAGUAACGUACUUAACUUGCAUACAGAUCUUAUGUUACGUAACAAAGACUUAUUUUAACCUAAACCAUGAUCUUUUCCUUAACCUAACCAAGAAGUCUUGUUUCCAAAGCCUAAGUAGUAAAAUAGGUUUAUUUUCAAAAUACAAGAAGAUCAUGAAGAAUUAUUAUAGGUUUAUAAACUUAUCUACUGUCAUGAACGCAAAGUUAGCCCGGUGUUGAGGUCUAUUGGACUUCAGAUACUACUACUACUUGAAAAAUUACAUUAAACGGGUACCCAGUGUGUUAAAGUGACUUCAAGGGGAAAAGACCAAGCCUCCAUAUGUUACAAGUUGGGAGUGAGAACGUAUUGCAGUAGCAGCAACCCCCCAGUGCACUGAAUAGAGCAAUGGCUUAUUUAAUAACAAAAUUAUUAAUAAUCUUUAAAAGGGUG